CCUUCCCCGGUGCGGCGCAUUGGAGAACUUGGUGAAUGAAAUGUCAGACGAAAUGUGGAAUGAAAAGGCGGUAAACAGAGUCAGUGCAAUUCGCUUUUUAGAUGAUGAAAAAGAUGAAGAAGACAACGAGAUGCGGACACUCCUAAGGCGAGCCACGCCACACCCUGGGGAAUUAAAGAACAUGAAAAAGACAGUGGAGAAUUUACGGAAUGAUCUGAACGCUGCUAAAGGACUGGAUUCAAACAAAAAUGAGGUCAAUAACGCCAAUGACAGGGUGACCACUUCUGUGUAGAGCCUCACAUCCUCCAGUUGGCUGCUCCCGUGUCUUCUCUCCACAUUUACUGUUGCAUCCUGGAAAUGCCAUCCAUUCAACUCUCCUCAUAUGUCUUUGAACGGAGAUCCAACUCAUCUUGUCCAUUUCUUGGGAAGGUGCUUCUCGGCGGAAGAAAAGCGCCUGACUUCAUUCCAAGCAUUUGAACGCAGCACAACUUCAUUGAGCAAAGUUCUUUGCUGUCAUGUCUCCCAUUUGUCUUGUCAGUGACUUUUCCCCUGUUGUCAUUUCCAUAAAAUGUUAAGCUGUUGGUUUCUGGUUUUUUUGGGGAUAAGGGAAAUACACUACUAUAGAACCUUGUCAGUUUUCUACUAAGAUACUCUCCUCAAAUCCCUUCAGGGCUGAAUUAUUUAUACGGCUGUUUGACUUAUCAUGAAAAGAACUAGUUCUAUGGAGAAGUUAUAUUUUUAAUCUCCUGGGCAGCUCAGAUGAUGUACAUUUUAUAAUUUUGUAUAGGAGUUUCGUAACAAAAAA